AUGCUGAUGGUGUUGCCGGCGCAGGUCUCCGCACGCAUGGCCUUCGAGAAGCUGACAGAUUUCGAUUUUGCCGGCACAACGUACUAUAGCGUCAAAAAUCUGUCGCUGUACGAGUGCCAGGGUUGGUGUCGCGAGGAGGCCGACUGCCAGGCGGCGGCAUUCAGUUUCGUUGUGAAUCCACUGUCACCGUCGCAGGAGACACACUGCCAGCUGCAGAACGAUUCCUCGGCGGCCAAUCCGUCGGCGGCGCCACAGCGUUCCGCCAACAUGUACUACAUGGUGAAGCUGCAGUUGCGCAGCGAGAAUGUCUGCCAUCGUCCGUGGUCGUUUGAGCGUGUGCCCAAUAAGAUAAUCCGUGGCCUGGACAAUGCCCUCAUCUACACCAGCACCAAGGAGGCCUGCCUCUCUGCCUGCUUGAACGAGAAACGCUUCAUCUGCCGAUCCGUGGAAUACGACUACAAUAACAUGAAAUGCGUGCUGAGCGACUCGGACCGACGCAGCUCCGGCCAGUUUGUGCAGCUGGUCGAUGCCCAGGGCACCGAUUACUUUGAGAAUCUCUGCCUGAAGCCGACGCAGGCCUGCAAGAAUACACGCUCGUUUGCCAACGCCCGCAUGGGCGUCUCCGAGGAGAAGGUUGCCCAGUAUGUUGGCCUACACUACUACACGGACAAGGAGCUGCAGGUGACCUCCGAGUCCGCCUGCCGUCUCGCCUGCGAGAUCGAGUCCGAGUUCCUCUGCCGCUCCUUCCUGUAUCUGGGUCAGCCGCAAGGCGCUCAGUACAACUGCCGUCUGUAUCACUUGGAUCACAAGACUCUGCCCGAUGGCCCUUCGACCUAUUUGAAUCAUGAGCGUCCCCUGAUCGAUCAUGGCGAACCCAUUGGCCAGUACUUUGAGAAUCAGUGCGAGAAAUCUGCUGGUGGCGGUAGCAACUCACCUCCCGGCACUUUGGAUAAGAUUGACACGCUGCCCGUCAGCUUGGACACCAUCGAGGAUCCCACUCUGACCAACAUGACGCGCAACGAUGUCAACUGCGACAAGACUGGCACCUGCUAUGACGUCUCUGUGCACUGCAAGGACACCCGCAUUGCUGUCCAGGUGCGCACCAACAAGCCGUUCAAUGGUCGCAUCUACGCUUUGGGCCGCUCGGAGACGUGCAACAUCGAUGUCAUCAACUCGGAUGCGUUCCGCUUGGACCUGACCAUGACCGGACAGGAUUGCAAUACACAGAGCGUGACGGGCGUCUACUCGAACACGGUGGUAUUGCAGCACCACAGCGUCGUGAUGACCAAGGCGGACAAGAUCUACAAGGUGAAGUGCACAUAUGACAUGAGCUCGAAGAACAUCACCUUCGGCAUGAUGCCCAUACGCGAUCCUGAGAUGAUACACAUCAACUCGUCGCCAGAGGCACCGCCACCAAGGAUUCGCAUUCUGGAUACACGCCAACGCGAGGUGGAAACUGUGCGCAUCGGAGAUCGCCUCAACUUCCGCAUCGAGAUACCCGAAGACACUCCCUAUGGUAUCUUUGCACGCAGCUGCGUUGCCAUGGCAAAGGAUGCACGCACCAGCUUCAAGAUCAUUGACGACUUGGGCUGCCCCACGGAUCCCACCAUCUUCCCCGGCUUCACCGCCGAUGGCAAUGCGCUGCAGUCCACCUACGAAGCAUUCCGCUUUACCGAAAGCUACGGCGUCAUCUUCCAGUGCAAUGUCAAAUACUGUCUGGGUCCCUGUGAGCCGGCUGUCUGCGAAUGGAACAUGGAGUCAUUCGAAUCCCUGGGCAGAAGGCGUCGUCGCUCCAUUGAGGCCAAUGAGACCAAGAGCAAGGAUGAGAUGAACAUCUCGCAGGAGAUUCUCGUCUUGGACUUUGGCGAUGAGAAGCGUGAAUUCUUCAAGGCAGAUCCAAGCACAGACUUUGCCAAAGACAAGACUGUAACCAUCAUUGAGCCGUGCCCGACGAAGACGUCCGUGCUGGCGCUGGCCGUUACCUGUGCGCUCAUGAUCCUGCUCUACAUCUCCACGCUGUUCUGCUACUACAUGAAGAAAUGGAUGCAGCCCCACAAAAUCGUAGCAUAAGUUUAGGCGCAACACAAG